CCAUGACUGUGAUUGUAUAAAACUAUAUGUUUUGUAGGGUAAACCAAUAAAUCAAUGGAGUAAGCAAAAAAUGAAUUAAACACUGUAGAAAAUGUCUAAUCUAAAAUUUAAUUCAUCAAUUAUUCUUAAUAAUUGUCAACCAUUUGUUUUACUCGAACGAAUUAAUUUUUCUAAAAAAAAUAUAAUUGAAUCUUUAAAAGAUGUUUACUUAAUAACCUUAGCAUCGAACAAAUCAGAUACAAAACAGGAUGAGCUAAAUAAUAACAAUAAUUUAAAUUUAAAAAAUGACGGAGAUUCUGAGAUUAGUAGCCAGCCAUUACUGCCAGAUUUUUGUAGUUACGAUAAAAAAUGUUACCGCUGCAAGGAAUGUAAAUUUUCAUCAAAAUAUAAGGGAUCGUCGAAAACUCAUAUAAUGAAUCACUUAGGUCAGAAGCGUUAUAAAUGCGCAGAAUGCAAUUUCACGAGUUUAUACUUAACAAGUAUUAAUAAUCAUAUCAGAUCGUUUCAUAGUAAAGAACGCCCUUAUAAAUGUUCUGACUGCGAAUACACAUGUGUUCAAGCAUCUAGCUUAACAUAUCACAUCAAAAGUGUUCAUGAAAAAGUACGAACUUUUAAAUGUGCACACUGCAAGUUUGCAACUAUACGAUUUUUUUCUUUGAAGAUUCAUAUUGAGACGGUUCAUUUAAAAAAACGCCCUUUUAAGUGUCCACAUUGUCCGCACGCAAGUGGGCUGUUAGGCAAUUUAAAGAUUCACAUCAAGAAAAUUCACACUAAAGAAUAAUUUUUCUUAGUGUUCACAGUUAGAACAUGC